CGCAAACGAAAAGUAGCGAACUAUUUUGUUUAAUAUUUACUAGCUGAGGAAUAGCCUUAAUUAUUGGCACUCCUAUCCGACGUGACACUUGGUGUAAAUGUCAUUUGAAAAAAUUAAAAAAAAUGAAACUGUCGAACCAAGGUUUGAAGAAAUUUCACCUCUUCUGUCAUUGAAGAAAGAUCCUAUUAGUUACCAACGUUGGAUUAUGUUAUUUGUUUUCUCAUUAAAUUCAAUGGUAAGUGGCAUACUGUUUAUAGGAAUUAGUCCAAAAAGUGUUAUCUCUAAAAAUUAUUAUAAAACUAGUGAAAUAAAUAUUCAAUUACUAAACAAUAUUUUUCCUGUCAUGUACACUGUCACUGCAAUGCCUUCAUCGUACUUUGUAUUUAAAACAGGAUUAAGACCAGUGCUUGUUGUAGCAUCCGCUAUGAAUGUGUUAGGUACUGCUUUUCAAUUAACCAGUUCUAGGAAAAAUGGUUUUAUUUUACUUGUUAUUGGCCAAUUAUUGGCCGCAAUUGGAAACAGUGCUAUAUUGCAAAUGCCAAGUCGCUUAUCAUCUCAAUGGUUUCAAAGUAAAGAAAGAGGAAAAGCUACAGCAAUUGGAUAUUUCAUGUCAAUGAUUGGCGCAUCACUCAGUUAUUUGCAAAAUACACUUAUGAUUACGGAAUACAAUAACUUGGACAAACUCAAUAAACAAUAUCAAGUUUUUUACUUAUAUCGGUUUGUAUUUGUCAUUAUUACCUUUUUAUUAACGUUAGUAUGUUUUAAGAAUUCUGCUACACCGCCAAGCAUGUUUCAAUCUCAUUCUCAAUUGUCGCAAAACCUAAGUAAAAAAGAAACAUUUAAAAAAUACAUUUCAAUGCUUCUAAAAGACAAAUACUUUUUAGCAAUGUCACAAUCUUAUUCGAUUUAUUACGGACUAACUGGAGCAAUAUCUUUGUUUUUGAACUUAUUUAUGGACAAAUACAAAAAUGAUUUUGCUGAAAAGGUUGGGUGGAUGGGCGUAUUUAAUCUUAUCUGUGGAAUUGUUGGCUGUUUUGUUUUUGGUAUAUUAUUGGAUAAACUUAAAAAGUUUCGAGCUUUAGCAACUAUUAUUAAUUUUAGUGCAAUGAUGACCUGGUUGGCAUUCAUUCUAACUUUGAAAAAAACAAAUAGUUUCUACGGACCGUUUGCAUUAUUUUUGAUAUUUGGUUUUUUUUCCUACCCCUAUGUAACAGUUGGAUUUGAGCAAUCUGCAGAAAUGACUUUUCCAGUUCCAGAAGAAUUUUCAAGUGCAUUUAUUCUUAUCAUUUCUCACAUUUAUGGUUUAAUAUUUGGUCUAGUAUUUGGAUAUCUUUAUCGAACUGGGUUAGUAGAAACUGUUCCUUAUAUUGUUACUGGAUUUUAUUUUUUAAGUACAUUGCUGACUUGCAGUGUUAAAACUGAUUUAAAAAGGUAUUCUUCUGAGUUUGUUCAUAAAUUUAACUCAAUAUUAAUAGAUUAAAACAAUAUUAUAAAAG